AAUUGAUGGCUUUUUUUUUUUUUUUUGCUUCUCUAUUUAAAGUUUUUGUCGAUAUUUCGUCGUAGAAGAGCAGGGAGGAUCAGAAAUGGCGAUCUUGUGUUCCUUCUUCCUGUUCAUGGUUUUCACGAUGAUGGACCAACACGUAGGACGUGAAAAUGUGUGUAAAGAAUUACGUUGUGGAGGCAACGGCCCAGCCAUCCGAUUUCCUUUCCGGCUGCUUAACCACACGAGACAACCUGACAUCUGUAGCUUUCCUGGGUUUACUCUUUCCUGCACUGAUUCAAAACAAACACAGCUCGAACUGCCCAUUUCAGUGAAGCUCUUUGUCAAGAACAUUAACUAUACAACUCAGGUUAUUCAGCUUUAUGACCCAAAUCACUGCUUCCCAAGAGAUCAGCUUAGGAGACUCAAUCUAUCUUCUUCGCCUUUCCAACAUCCAAAUUUCCAAUCAUUUAAGUCCUACUCUCGUGGCAAUGGCUAUGCCUUAUUUAAUUGUUCUCAAACAGAUCAUGAGAGAAAUGACCACCGCAGGGUCUCUUGUCUGAGUAACCCUACCCACCAAGUUUACGCCUUGAAUUUCGGUGAUCGCCAAUCGUUAAUGGAGUUGCCCAUAUCGUCUUGUACAAAGAUGUAUAAUAUUCCGCAUGUUAAUGAAGGUGCAUUGAGGGGCGACGCUAACAUUCUUGACGUGAACUGGUCCACUCCAGACUGCAGGGGCUGUGAACGGGAAGGCAAGAAUUGUACAAUGUUUAAGACUAUCACUGGUGAAGCAAUAGCUGAUUGCUUCGUCGACCCUGAAGGCCGCACAUCGACAAAAUUAGUGAUUCUUGUUGCCAUUAUAGGUUGCUUUUUGUUGGGAAUGGCCGUGUUCUUUGCAAUAAACUACCGUGUCUAUAGGUAUGAUGAAGUUGAGAGAGAAAAUCAAGCAAAGAUCGAAAUGUUUUUGGACGAUUAUAGAAACUUAAAGCCCACAAGAUAUGCGUAUUCUGAUAUUAGAAGGAUUACAAAUGAAUUUGCUGAUAAGAUAGGCCAAGGAGCUUAUGGAACAGUGUUCAAAGGAAAGCUUUCCAAUGAAAUCUAUGUUGCGGUAAAGAUUCUGAACAUUUCCCAGGGAAAUGGGGAGGAAUUCUUAAAUGAAGUUGGAACAAUGGGUACAAUUCACCAUGUCAAUGUUGUUCGCUUGGUUGGUUUUUGUGCCGAUGGAUUUAGAAGAGCCUUGGUUUAUGAAUUUUUAUCAAAUAACUCUCUAGACAAGUUCAUAUCUUCGGCAGAUGUUAAGCUACAAGAAAUUGCCAUUGGUAUUGCAAAAGGAAUUGAGUAUCUUCACCAAGGGUGCGACCAACAAAUUCUUCAUUUUGACAUCAAACCUCAUAAUAUUUUGCUAGACCAAAACUUCAAUCCAAAAAUUUCUAAUUUUGGUCUUGCUAAGUUGUGCUCUAAAGACCAAAGUGUAGUAUCAAUGACCACAGCCAGAGGAACCAUGGGUUACAUUGCAUCAGAAGUGUUCUCUAGGAAUUUUGGAAAUGUGACUUAUAAAGUAGAUGUUUAUAGUUUCGGAAUGUUGUUGCUAGAAAUGGUCGGAGGCAGGAAAAAUAUAGAGGUUACAACAGAGAACAUUAGCCAAGUUUAUUUUCCAGAAUGGAUCUAUAAUUUUUUAGAACAAAAAGAAGACUUACGAGUCUUCAUUGAAGAUGAUGGAGAUGCUCAGAUUGCGAAGAAACUUGCAAUUGUAGGACUCUGUUGCAUCCAGUGGCAUCCAAUGAAUCGUCCUUCAAUGAAAGUUGCAGUUCAAAUGUUGGAAGGAUGGGACAAUUUGACCAUGCCUCCUAAUCCCUUUGCCUCCACAAAUACUACCAGAACCAAUGCAAGGAUACCGGCAAUGAAUGUUAGCCAAGAGUUAGAAGUCAUACCAAAAUCAGAAUAAAGACGUGUGAAUGUAGAAUAUGCUAUAAACAUGUUGUAAUCCUAUUACACUUUAGCAUUAGCAUAAUUGAUAUGGAUUCAAUUCUAUUGGAUUUGAGUUUUGAGUUGUUCUUACAUCAAAAUAAGUAAAAACAUAAGCUGUUGAAAUUUCUA